UAUUUUGAAAACGGACGGCGCCACUAGUAGGAAACGUCGUCGCUGGUUGCACACUGUCGUAACGUUUCAGCUGGCAAAGGGACGAGAGAAGUAGUAUGGCGUCGACGAGCCGUGGAGAUUCUCUACCUAAGGUACAAUGCCCAAACCACCCUGAUGCCCUUUUGGUGGAGGAUUACAGAGCUGGGGAUAUGAUAUGCCCAGAGUGUGGCCUAGUUGUUGGUGACAGAGUGAUUGAUGUGGGUUCUGAGUGGAGGACCUUUACAAAUGAGAAAGCUACUAAGGACCCCUCUCGUGUUGGUGAUGCACAGAACCCUCUCCUAAAUGGAGGAGACCUAACUACAAUGAUAAGCAAGGGAACUGGUGCUGCAAGUUUCGACGAGUUUGGCAACUCAAAGUACCAGAACAGGAGGACCAUGAGCAGCUCUGAUCGUGCCAUGCUGAAUGCUUUCAAAGAGAUCUCCACUAUGGCUGACCGAAUCAACCUACCCAGAAACAUUAUUGACCGGACAAAUAAUUUGUUCAAGCAAGUUUAUGAACAGAAGAGCUUGAAGGGCCGGAGUAAUGACGCAAUUGCUUCAGCCUGUCUCUACAUUGCUUGCAGACAAGAAGGAGUGCCCAGGACUUUCAAAGAAAUAUGUGCAGUGUCAAGGAUCUCUAAGAAAGAGAUUGGCCGCUGCUUUAAGCUCAUUCUAAAGGCUUUGGAGACAAGUGUCGACCUCAUCACCACAGGGGAUUUCAUGUCUCGCUUCUGUUCCAAUCUGGGUCUUCCCAAGCAAGUGCAAAUGGCUGCCACAUACAUUGCCCGUAAAGCAGUGGAGUUGGACUUGGUGCCAGGCCGCAGCCCUAUCUCUGUGGCAGCUGCUGCCAUCUACAUGGCUUCUCAGGCUUCUGCAGAGAAAAAGACUCAAAAAGAGAUUGGUGAUAUCGCUGGUGUGGCUGAUGUAACAAUUCGGCAGUCCUACCGUCUUAUCUAUCCAAAAGCAGCAGAUCUUUUCCCACCAGAUUUCAAAUUUGAUACACCUGUGGACAAGCUGCCUCAACUUUGAAAAAAAAAAAAGCAUUCUAAAAAUAUACAUGUACUUUUGGAGUUGUUUUCCCCUUUUUUUUUUAAAAAAAAAUAAUAAAGUUACAUAAAAUAAAUAAAAAUAAAAUAAAAAAUAAAAUAAAUCUAGAUAGGAAUCAUACUGCAGGGGCACAGAAAUCUAAAGGACACACAUUCCAAAGUUAUAACAGAAUUGCAUAUUGUUCUUCAAGGAGAUGCAGCAAAUUAAUGUGUGCAUGUGUAUAUACUGUAUAUAUGUGUAAGUGAACUGAAUUUGUUUGCUAUAAGCAGGUUUCAUACUGUAUACAUGUUUUGUUUUGUAGUAUUGAUCAAGAUGUUGACUUAUUGUCCUGACAUAAUGAAAUAAUAAAUGUUUUUUAUAUAUAUAUAUAUAUAUAUAUAUAUAUAUAUAUAUAUAUAUAUAUAUAUAUAUAUAUAUAUAUAUAAUAAAAAAAAAAAAAAAAAAACAUUUUCAGUUUGAUAAUUGUAUUUGUGAUUGUAUUCGGUAAAUACUAGUGCUUGACGCAAAAAGUGUUCAUACUGUCCUUGUACACAUAUUGAGUUAUGUACUAGAUGGCAUCAGAAUAAAUCAUUAAAUAUUAUUUUUCUGAAUUUCUAAAGUUAAUAAAGGAUACUAGAUA